AUGAAACCUCAUAUUAAAUACCUUGGGGUGCACAUAGAUCCAACCUUGAGUUGGAAUUAUCACAUUGAAGAGACUUGUCACAAAAUUAAGCAGAAAGCGAAUAUGAUAAAUCAUAUUGCUAGGAACACCUGGGGCCUUUCUGCCAAGCACUGCAGACUAAUCUAUAGUGGGGCAAUCGAGCCCGCCCUGCUCUACGCGGCCGAAAUCUGGGGCAAAAGAGUCAACAUUAUACAUAAUAAAAGGAAGCUACUGUCCAUCCAAAGAGGUUUCGCCAUUCGUAUCUGUAGAGCAUAUCGGACAGCGCCAACCGACGCCCUUCUAACGAUCGCCAACAUGACUCCUAUCAACAUCAAAAUUAAAACCAGAGUUUGGAAAUGGCACCUUCUGCAAGACAAUAUUCAAGACCUCGAUACUGAGAAAAUACAGAACCUUGUCACGAAUAACCACCUUCCCUCUGCCGAAAUCGUCAACAAAAUCAAGCUCCACGGCAUUGACAGACAUAUCAGUACCUUUGCUACGCUCUGUCACCCUGCAAGUUCCACUAAUGACAUCAUCAGCACCGUUUACAAUCCCGAAGAUCGCAUAGCGGAUUGGCACGUCUACACCGACGGCGCUAAGAACGACCUGGGCACCGGGUCUGCCUUUGUUAUCUACAAGACUUCUACUAACAAAAUCGUCCAUGAAGAGUUCCACAAGCUUUGCACCCACUGCUCCAACAACCAAGCGGAGCUAUGGGCUAUGUGCAAGGCACUCGCCACUGUUACCAAUCACUGUCGUAACUUCAAAGGUGGCAUAACUUUCUUCACGGACAGCCGGUACGUACUCAGUGUCAUCAGGGGCACCAGGAAGCUGACCGCCACUGGCAUUAAGGUCUACCACCUUGCAAUGAACUUAAGCCAACGGAAAAACAUCUCUUUUAGAUGGGUGCCUGGACACCACAACAUUCCAGGCAACGAAAAGGCGGACAAGCUGGCCAAACGAGCCACAGAACUCCUAAUAAGCCCGUCUUUCGGGCUAAUACCGACCAGCUACAUAAGCAACCAUCUACAUGAGAGAAGCACCGACCUCUGGGAAGGCGAGUGGAACAAUUCAACAACUGGCCGAACGACGUUUAGUUUUCUGCCUUCUAUUCACAAACGCCAGAGGUAUAAGUACAUCACACCAUCAUUCUACCUAACUCAAUGCCUAACAGGGCAUGGGAAUAUCCCAUCCUACCUACAUAGGAUCGGGAGAAGAAGCAAUGCUACGUGCCCCUGCGACAACUCCUCUGUCGGGGACUCGUUUCACAUUCUUUUCGACUGCCCUCUCUACGAGCCUUACAGAAGUGACCUCAUAAGCUUCUGCAACUCCCAUGGACAAUCGUGGCCGCCGAACUUAGACUAUUUGUGCGCCCAUAAGGAUAGCUUUGACCACUUCCUGAAGUUUGUCAACUCUUGCAACGCAUUUGCCAAUGACUUUUCCACGCGAUCAGAUGACGAAGACCUCGCCAACUGA